GCAGAAAUCCUCCUUUCUCUCCACGGUCUUAAAAGAUGACUAAGGGUACUUCCUCGUUCGGUAAGCGCCACACCAAGUCGCACACUUUGUGCCGUCGUUGCGGUCGUCGCUCCUUCCACAAGCAGAAGAAGACCUGCGCUCAGUGCGGUUACCCUGCUGCUAAAAUCAGAUCUUUCAACUGGUCCGAAAAGGGUCAGCGCAGAAAGACCACCGGUACCGGUCGCAUGCGUUACUUGAAGGAAGUUCACCGCCGUUUCAAGAACGGUUUCCGUGAAGGUUCCCAGGCCACCAAGAAAGCCGUUGCCGCUUCCGCCUAAAUAACACGACACGAAUACAUCAUCCUUUCAAGCGUUUCUUUUUGACGUCUCGGUUGACCUUGUUUUCUGAAAUAAAAAAGAAAAAGAGAAAUCUUGAAUCUAUGAUUUAUCAUUAUCAAA